UUUUGGUCCUUUGAUAAAUUUAUUUGUUGAGGCAAUGAAUAAUCACCCAUUAAUGUUGAUGGAGAAUAAAGAUGAUGAAUCAUGGAGUUCUUCUGCUCCUAUCUACCAGUCUCAGUGGCUUCAAACUACCAUAUCAGAUUUGGAUGAGAAAUUGGGAGCCAUGAUGAGCAUUUUAGAAGUUGGGAAUUCUCCAAACCAAGAAGACAUGCACUGCAAACGGAGAGACGACCUCAUACAGAUGCUCAAAGAAUUUGGCCAAUCAUACCGUGUUUUAGCCAUAGCAUACAACCAACUUAAGUCUAAAACAUCUCAUGGUACCUUUCAUUCAAGAUCUUUAUCAUCUGCUGCUACGUCAAAAAUCAUAUGUGCUAGCUGCAAUAGAAGAACAACAGGUAACUUGGAGGAUAAGAAACUCGAAAAUGGUUGUAAUAGCCAUAGAAAAUUCUUCACGGAGUGUUCCCAUGUCAAAUCUGGUGGCACUAAUCUGGAUUUUGAGAUAUUAAAGAUGCAGGAAGAUGAAUCUGAUGUAUUGUCAUCAUCUUCCCCAUGCAGCAUGAAAUUACAAUCAGAAGUCGAGUGCAUUGACAUUCAACUUGACAGAAUGACUGAUGUUUUCACCGAUGAAAAUAUUUUAAUGAAGAUUGAGGAUUUGGAAUUAAACCAGAGAACUGAAGAUCCAUCAAUAAUCAAUUCCAAAUUUGAAAGUAUGUGGCCAACAUUGAAGUAUCAAAUGACAAAACUUACAGAGGAUAACCUGCACCAGCUAGAAGAGUUAGCCCAAAGAAAUGAUGAAAAGAGAGAAACCAUUAGAAGGCUUCAGUUAGAGGUGGAAACUUUGAAGCGCAAGAAUAAUGCCCUCCAGAUUUCGUCAAGGUACUCCAAUGCAGAUUCAGAAUGCAGAGAAUCACAAAUAUCAACACCAGGAACAAAAUCUGUGGGCAUGUUCUUCAAAGGUUGCUCUCCAAGAUAUUCUGACUUUACAUCCUAA